AUGAACUGCACUCCUAAUAGCAGCAUCACUCCCCAGCUGGGACUCGGACUGGGCCCGGGGGCUGGAGAAGGUGCUUCGGUAGGAGCCGGUGGUGGCGCUGGGGGCAGCGGAGGCCUGUGGGUGACCUCCCUGCUCGGGGCCACACUGAUGAUCAUGUGCGCCCUGGGAGUGGCGGGCAACACGUACACGCUCAUCGUCACGCGCUCGGCCGCCCUGUGCCGGACCGGCUCGAUGUAUGUUUACAUCACCAACUUGGCCCUGGCGGACCUGCUGUACCUGUCCACCAUCCCCUUUGUUGUCUGCACCUACUUCGCCCACGACUGGCUGUUCGGGGAGGCCGGCUGCCGCAUCCUGCUGAGUCUGGACCUCCUCACCAUGCACGCCAGCGUCUUCAUCCUGGUCGCCAUGAGCAUGGAGCGCUACCGCGCCGUGGCCAAGCCCUUCAGCGCGCACAGAUCCUCGUCCCGCAACAGGAGGCUUGCGGCGGGAUUUAUCUGGGCUCUCGCUUUCAUGCUGACACUUCCCAUGAUGGUGAUGAUCCGCCUGAGGGAAGGCAAACCCACCGCAGCCGGGUUGGUGAAGAGAAUCUGCUUCCCUACGUGGACACCCGAGGCCUUCAAGACCUACAUCACCGUGUUAUUUUUCACGAGCGUUUUGAUCCCUGGAUUGGUCAUCGUCGGGUUGUAUGCCGGGCUGGCAAGGCGUUACUGGACAGUGCAGGCUAGCUUAGCUAGCUAA